UAUCACCAGGAUUGUGAAGCUGCUGUCAACAAGCAGAUUAAUGUGGAGCUCACUGCCUCCUAUCUCUAUCAGUCUUUGGUGUCGUACUUUGACCAGGAUGAUGUUGCUCUCCCCCAUGUCUCCCGGUUCUUCAAAGAUCAGUCCCAGGUGAAGCAGGAACGUGCAGAGAAGCUGCUGAAAUUCCAGAAUCAGCGUGGAGGCCAAGUCUUCCUCCAGGAUGUGAAGUUUGGAAAGCCAGAGAGGGAUGAGUGGGGUAACAGCCUGCAGGCAAUGCAGGUUGCCCUGGAUUUGGAGAAGAAUGUGAACCAGAGUUUGCUGGAUCUACACCAA